AUGCAAGUGGUCAAUGAGGUAGAAAGUUUGAAAAAAUUGAAACUUCUGCAUUUGAAGUCUUUAUGUCGUGAUAAAAAUCUAGCGAUCAGUGGAACAAAAGCUGUCUUGAUUGGACGCCUCACAGGUCUUCCUCCAGAAAAGGCUAGCUCCACCAAAUCGAAAAAGAAAGUCACUUCAACAAAGACUGGCGAAGGUCAGGUGGAGACGGACUGCAUAGGACAGGCUUCGGGAGACGCUUUGAUAAACACACCUUCAAAUACCAGCCAAGCGCCGGGCGAAUCAGUUCUGACCGAGUCCUCGAACCACGAACAGCUUGGGAUUUAUCACGAUUUCGAGCAGCCAGAAAAAAAUGUUCAACCUGUUGAUGACCAGCGUUCGCCUCCCCGUUCCCACGAAGACAGAGGUGAAGUCUCCCCCGUAACGGAGGAAAGCACUGCGCGUCCAUGGUGGUUGGACUUGCAGUUGGUUAGCAACGUGACUUCGUACUAUGGCAGAAGUGGAAAGCUAACACAUCAAUUAUCGAUUCAGCCGCAUGGAACAGGGUACACUCAGGCUGUUGAGCCAAACGCUGUGAACUCGUAUACCGCUUCACAUAGCUUUUUCGCGCGAGACGAAGAUCAAAUCACACCAAACUUGUUAGCUCGAGAGUACGAACCUGUAGGGCAGCCGCACAGCUCUCUGAUCAAAGCGACGCCAAUCCUAGAUAUGACACUCACAAGAAAACUUGGAGGCAACUGUUUGUCGAGUCCGUAUGAACCUGCUCCGUACGACGAAGAAAGACGCGAGGUAUCGACCGUGACUGAACAAGGUGAGGCUCGGCCAGAGCGGUCGGGCGGCCAGCUACCGUCUACGGCAAGACACUAUCAGAGAGUUGCGCCCACUUCUCCGAACUUAUCGCAUGCGAUUGCUCCAACUAUGGUUUUUGCACAAGGUCAAGAUCGAGCCUUGGGACAUAUGCUGGCUCAAGACUACGACCCCAGAGGACUUUUGGAAAUUCCUUCACGGGUGGAGCCGACACCGAUUCAAGAUAUCACAUGCAAAAGGAAAUUUAUCGAAAAACCCUUUGUGACUCCUUUCAAAAAAAUCAGUAAACCCAAUUGCAACACGAUUCAAAAACCUUGCCUUGAAAAUCUUUUGACUUGCGACUCUAUUGAUUUACACGUAAAUUGGUAUAAUAGAAUCUUUGAUAAACUUUUGGACCGAUUAGAAUCGCCAGAAGAGGAUAAGCAAGAUCUUAAACGUCUUGGAAUGAUAACUAAGGCACAAUUGAUUGAGAUCUCAGUUGGUGAUGAGAAAAUUCAAGCAAUCUCAUGUCUGAGAUUUUUGAUCGCAAGAUUAUAUAAUAAAUUAUCCACAAUGGAAGAAGAAGGAUCUAGCUUGUUUUCUGUCCUUUCAUUACCUUCGGUAAUCAAGGUUGAAGAAGUGACCAAAGGUAUCAGUUGCGGUAUGUUAACUUCAAAAGAAACAGUUUAUUUCAUUUCAUAUACUGGUGAACUUCUGGGUUCAGACUCUCAACUCGUUUCAGAUCCAAAGAGAAAUAUAAGGAGUGAUUGGGAGGAAUUCAUCAAGAGUCGUUCGAUUGAUGAUAUCAAUGAAUGUAAAGAUUUGUUAGAAUUGGUUAGAACGUCGGAUUUUGAUACUUAUCCUCAUGGGAUCAGUCGACAUUUCAUCUCUGGUUGCAAUGACUCUGAAUUAUUGGAACACGCCAAGACAUAUGUAUUGGCGAAUCUAGCCCCCAACUCGACGAGUGGAGAAUGGAAAUCAAUUUUCGAUUGUUUUGCUGAAUUCAAUUCAAUUCACAAAUCAAUGCCUACCACCAAAACUUCUACAUCAACAUCACUUUCACUCUUUCUUCCUGCUUCACAUUAUGUUGAGAAGGUCUAUCGUAAAACUGAACUUGAUAAACUUUUGCAUGAAGCAAUUUGUUCUAUACAAACUUCCAACCGCACCCAUCUUUGCUUAAAGUUGACUGGCCAAAUCAUUGGUAAUGAUCAAGAGGGUGUAGUGAUACUUUGGCAAGAACUUCUAGGUUGCGAUGUUGAAGGCGUUAAAAGGCUGAUGUGA